AAGUUUGCUCAUUUGCUACACUAUUAUCCAGGAAGUAAAAAUAAAAUCUAUUGAAUAUGUCUGAACACAUUCCAUCCGCUGAAGAAAUUCAAAAAGAAGUUGAAAAGCAAGUUGAUGAAGUUGAAAAACAAGUUGAUGAAGUCACCGGUAACAAUGAUAAAGAAUGCGGUAUCGUAUCUGCUUUAAAAAAGGCCUUUAACGCAGUUGUCGACAGUGUAACCAAAACUGCCAACUGUGCGCAAACCACCGCCUGCUCAACCGUUUCUCGUGUUGGUGUUGAACUUCAAAACCCAGUUGUCCUUGCCCAAGUAGCUGUCAUUGCCAGUGCCAGUGCAGCUGGUUAUUUUGCCCACUUGGAAAAGUAUAAGAUUAAGAGUGAUAACAGGGCCAUCAAUUGCUUGAAUGCAGCCGCUCUUACUGCAUUAGUUUUGGCUGAUGGUUUCUUGUUCAACCAAUACUACUCGAAAUACGACAAGAAAUAGUCGGAACCGGGUUGUCAACUGAGUUCAACGCUUGUUUCAAGCAUGAAUGAAGAAAUAUAGUUUUAUUUAUUUGUAUCUGUUAGCAUUACCAAUAUCAGAAGAUAAGUUG